UAGUCUUUUUAUUACUGUUAUGUUAACUGAAACGUCUCUCUCUGAUUCUGAUCAAACCAAACCAAACCAAACCAUUUUUGAUCCCUGUGAUCGUCGCCGGAGAGGUUAAAAAUGAUAGAAUGCACCGUCUGUCACUCACAAAUAUCACCGCCGUCGACAGCCAGCUCAAAAUCCAUUGUAAGAGCAUAUGAUAGACAUAAAAAUGAAGUUUCUUCCAAAACGAGAGCACUUAACAUUCUAUUAGUUCUCGGAGAUUGCAUCUUCGUUGGUCUUCAGCCUGUGUUGGUUUAUAUGUCAAAAGUGGAUGGGCAAUUCAAUUUUAGUCCUGUUAGUGUGAAUUUCUUGACUGAUGCUGCUAAAGUUGUUUUUGCUCUUCUCAUGCUCUGUAUCCAGGCCAGAUGUAAAAAGACCGGGGGCAAACCUCUUCUCUCUGUUUCUACCUUUAUACAGGCUGCUAGAAACAAUGUGCUUCUUGCUGUUCCAGCUUUCCUCUAUGCUAUUAAUAACUAUUUGAAGUUUAUUAUGCAGCUGUACUUCAAUCCUGCAACAGUGAAGAUGCUAAGCAAUUUGAAGGUUUUGGUAAUCGCUGUCUUGUUGAAAACAAUUAUGAAGCGACAAUUUUCAAUCAUUCAGUGGGAGGCUCUUGCUUUAUUGCUCAUUGGAAUUAGUGUGAAUCAGCUGCGAUAUCUACCUGAGGGUUCCAACGCCAUGAGUCUCUCAGUUGCAACAGGGGCAUACUUGUAUACCCUAAUUUUUGUGACUGUUCCAUCAUUAGCUUCAGUCUACAAUGAGUAUGCUAUGAAGAGUCAAUUUGAGACCAGCAUUUACCUUCAGAACCUCUUUCUUUGUGGUUAUGGUGCAAUAUUUAACUUCCUAGCUAUCCUAGUAACUGCCAUUUUCAAAGGAUCUAGCAGCUUGGAUAUCCUGCAAGGACACUCAAAGGCUACCAUGCUUUUGAUAUGCAACAAUGCAGCACAAGGAAUAUUAUCUUCGUUCUUUUUUAAAUAUGCAGACACAAUUUUGAAGAAGUACUCAUCGACUGUAGCAACAAUUUUUACCGCAAUAGCAUCCGCUGCACUUUUUGGCCACACCCUGACUAUGAAUUUUGUUUUAGGAAUCUCUAUUGUGUUCAUCUCCAUGCACCAGUUUUUUUCACCACUUUCAAAGGUUAAGGACGAAGAACCAAAUGGCGGUUUAGAGACGAUGGAUGGUCGAAACAAUCGCAGGUUACUGCUGUCUUCUUGCUUCCAUCCAUUUCUCAUUUCAAACAAUCCCCUGAUUAUGUUGUCUUAUGUGUGUCCUGCAGUCUAAAGAUGCAGCCUUCAUAAAUAUGACGGUUGGAGCAAAUGAGGAUGCUAGUCACCGAGUUGAACAUGACGAUAAAGCUCCGCUCCUUCCUGUCUAAUGCACACUACUGGUUAUCGAAACUGAGAAGGAUUACCAGCACACUUACCAUAACACAGUAGAGUAAUAAUGUAAAAAGAUAACACUAUAGAACACCAACUCUUUGGAUCCAGCAUCAGAGGCGGAGGCCAUGGAUGGAUCUCCGCUGCUUCUGUCACGGGAGAAACUACAAAUUAUACUCAUCUGCAUACCUGCUAGAGAAGCUAUAUGUAUAUAUAUAUAUAUAUAUAUAUAUAUAUAUAUAUAUUGUUACUGUUUCUUUUUAAGAAGGUAGCUGAUCAUAUUAGAUCACUAUGCAAAACAUCCAGAAUAAAAACCUGAGGGGUUGGAGAAAAAUUAUUGCACGCAACUGUUGCGCCAUGUCAUUCGUGCAACAAACCGAUAGUGCGUUAGCCAUGUGGAAAAAAUCAUAAUAAAAAAAUUAAUAAAUGAAAGAUUCCCUAUUGCAAAUGCUCAUUGGCUUGUUGUAAUUAUGACAUGGCACAACCAAUGCAUGGGAUAAACACUCGGAGUUGGAACCACCGAAUAAGAACAGCCAUAGACCUAGUUGCUCUAGCAAAGAUAUGAGCUACUUGAUUCGCUAACCUACAAACAAAAGCAAACCUACAUGAAGUUAAAGCUUUAAAUAGAGACUGACAAUACACUACCGGACCAAAUAAAAGAAGUGUCAACGUUCGAACCCUGUAAAGUUCGAACAAGCAACUAAGAGUCGGAUUCGAUAAGAACAUCAGCACAAUCCAUAUGCUUAAGCCAACUUAAAACCUCCUGUCCCGCAUACUACGUCCUUUGCGGAUUUAACGGACCACAAAUUAUGCAAUUUUUAGCUUCAACCACUUGACCUGCAGAAUCACGCAAAACACCGCCAAAACCUAUUGCAGUAAAUGGCUGUAUAAUUACGGUAUCCAUCAUACAUUUAAGCCAUCCUGUAUCCGGAGGUGUCCAUUUCUUAGUCGUAUGAGCCUUGCCACUGUCAGAAUGAGUCAAACCUGGAAGUUUCAUACAUUGACAUUGAGAAAUUAGAGACCUGCUGAUAUGCAUAAUCUGAGUUAUGAGAUAUGAAUAUUGUGCCAAGUCAAUUUGUUCCGACGUUGCCAAAACACAGAAGCAAUGACAGCAACCUUGUUCGCCCUCUCAUUCUCGUACACAUCAUUGUGUUGGAUAGUUAUACAAUAUAAUCGUUGCGCCAUGUCAUUCGUGCAACAAAAAAUUGUCUGUUAUGUGGAAAAUUGAAUGAUAAAAAAACAAGCAAUAAUUAGAAGAUUCUCUAUCGUAAAUGCUCAUUGACUUGAUGUAAAAAUGACGUGCCGCUAAACACUCCAUUUUGUUACUUAAUACAGGUUGUACAACUCUUUUAUUUAUGUAAAUGUCUCGGAUGUCCUUACUAAAAUAUUCA